AAACACAUACUAAAGAUAGCUAAACAUGGCAUCUAUCUCACCCUCACCUCUCUCCCUUAUGUCCCUUAAUAUCUCUUCCAAUUUCAAUACCUCAUCCUCUUUGCAAUAUCCAUUUUCCCAAAAACAACAUCAACCCUCUAAAAAUAGAAAACCAAAGUACCAUAAAAUAGCAUGCACUUCCAAUGAUACUAACCAAAAUAGCCCUAAAGAACAAGAACAAAAAUCAUCACCAAGAAGAAAUGUUCUAAUAGGUCUAGGAGGACUUUAUGGUGCUACCACUCUCACAAACAACAACUCAUUAGCCUUUGGUGCUCCAGUGCCAAUUCCAGAUCUCAGCAAAUGUGUAAAAUCAACACCGAAAGAUAUAGAUCCAGUCGAUUGUUGUCCACCAUUUUCCUCAAACAUCAUAGAUUUCAAGUUCCCUACUUUUGGAAAAUUAAGGGAAAGACCAGCUGCACAAUUAGUUGAUGAUGAUUAUAUUGCAAAAUACAAAGAAGCCCUUAAACUCAUGAAAGCCCUACCAGCCGAUGAUCCAAGAAGUUUUGAACAACAAGCUAAAGUUCAUUGUGCUUAUUGUGUUGGUGGUUAUACACAACUAGGUUACCCUGGCGUUCAACUAAGUGUUCAUAAUUCUUGGCUUUUUUUCCCUUUCCAUCGUUGGUAUCUUUAUUUCUAUGAGAGAAUAUUAGGUAGUUUAAUCAAUGAUCCUACUUUUGCCAUACCCUUUUGGAAUUGGGAUGCUCCUGAUGGCAUGCGAAUUCCUUCCAUUUUUACAGAUCCAAAAUCUUCCCUUUAUGACCCUAAAAGAGAUUGCAGACAUCAACUACCAAAAAUUGUUGACCUAGACUAUACCAAAAGUAAGGAAGAUCCUACAAAUGUUAAUUAUGUUCCUAAUUAUCCCAGUGCAGAACAACAAAUCCAAAUCAACCUUAGUGUAAUGCAUAGACAAAUGAUCACCAAUAGCCAGACCUCUAGACAAUUUUUUGGAAGCCCUUAUCGCGCUGGUGACGAAGGUGGCGUAGAUGACAAAGGUCCCGGCUCUAUAGAACUUACUCCACAUACACCUAUUCAUAUAUGGACCGGUGAUCCAAAACAGCCUGUUGGAGAGGACAUGGGAAAUUUCUAUUCCGCCGGAAGAGAUCCACUAUUUUACGCUCACCAUGGAAAUGUGGAUAGGAUGUGGUCUAUUUGGAAAACAUUACCUGGAAUAAGUAAGGAUUGCAAUGACAAUGAUUGGCUAGAUUCUGAAUUUCUCUUUUAUGAUGAGAAUAAGAAUCUUGUUAAAGUGAAAGUCAAGGAUUGUGUUGAUGAAAGCAAGCUUGGUUAUUGUUAUCAAAAGGUUGACAUUCCUUGGAUAGAUUCUAAACCUAAACCUGCUGGUAGAAGAGUUCGGUCUAAGGGUAAGUUGUUAACAAAACCGAGAAAAUCUGUUGAUAAUUUUCCUAUUGUUUUGGAUUCGGUUGUGAGUACUAUCGUGAAGAGGCCAAAGAAGUCGAGGAGUUCAAAGGAGAAGAAAGAUCAAGAGGAAAUUUUGGUGAUAUAUGGGAUCGAGUUUGAUGACAAAAUUGAAGUGAAGUUUGAUGUUAUUGUGAAUGAUGAAGAUGAUAAGGUGAUUGGAGCUGAAAAUACCGAGUUUGCUGGAUCCUUUGUGAGUUUGAUGCAUGUACACAAUAAAAAAAUCAAUAUGAAGAAGAAUACUGUUACUUGUUUGAGAAUUGGAUUAACCGAUUUGUUGGAGGGUUUGAAUGCUGCUGAUGAUGAUAGUAUUCGGGUUACAUUGAUUCCUAGAUAUGGUAACGGUGUCAAAAUUAGGGGCAUCAAGAUAGAGUUUGAAUCUUGAAAAAAUUGCAACCAACGAAGAACCGUGCGAGUGACUAGUGCAAAUGAGGAAAGAUAGAGUUUCCUUUAUUUUAUUUUUUUUGUUUUCUUGUCAAAUAAAUGGUGCAAUUCCAUCCUCAAGUUGGUGAUUAGUGCAAAUGAGGAAAUAUUGUUUUUUUAUGAGCAAAUGAGGAAAUAUUGUUAAUUAUAUAACGAUCGAUGAUCCAUUGACAUUA